AUGACCCUUUGCCUUCGACGAUUGCUAUUCUUUGCUUCCAUCCUAGUUUUUCGUAUUGAUUCAAUCUGAUCAUAUAUCUUCUCACUAUGGCAUCCCGCGCAGCACAGAUUGCAGGCCACUUGAACUGGCCUCAAGGCAUGCUUGCUGGCCAAGUAGCUAUAAUCACAGGUUCGGGUCAGGGCAUUGGCGCCGAGGCAGCCCGUCUUUUCGCAAAUGAAGGAGCCAAGGUCAUAGUAUCUGAUAUCGAUGGAGCCAAAGCACAACUGGUUGCAGACAACAUCAAGAAAUCCGGAGGCCAGGCCAUUGCUGUCCCAGGUGAUGUGCUCGAUGCCGAAUAUCUCAAAGACCUCGUAAAGAAGGCCGCUGAAUUUGGGAAUGGCAAGAUUCACAUUAUUGUGAACAAUGCAGGAUAUACCUGGGACGGCGUAAUCCACAAGAUGACAGACAAGCAAUGGGACAACAUUAUUGCACUGCAUAAUACAGCGCCCUUCAAGCUCGUUCGCGAAGCUGCCCCCUAUUUCCGAGUUACAGACGGCGAGCCCCGCUGCAUCAUCAACAUCUCGUCCACAUCAGGCGUGCACGGCAAUGCCGGCCAAGCCAAUUACGGCCUCGCAAAAUCGGGGAUCAAUGGGUUGACUAAGGUUAUUGCGAAGGAGUGGGGUCCGAAGUUUGGCGUUAGAGCAAAUUCGAUUGCUUUUGGACAUAUUUUGACGAGGUUGACAGCUGCAAAGGAGGAGGGUGCAUUUGUCACAACGCCGGAUGGGGAGAAGGUUGCUUUGGGCAUACCGGGAGGUAAGGGUGCUUUGGCAGCAAAUGCACAUGCAGAUAUUCCUCUGGGGAGACCGGGUACAGCUACCGAGGCGGCGAGGAGCAUCUUGGCUGUUGCCAGCCCAUUGUUUAGUUAUAUCACUGGGCAAGUGCUCAUGGUCACGGGUGGUAGAAACAUGUAGGGAAUACACAAAUUGUUUGUUUUUCUGUAUUGCUCUCCGUGUAAAUAACGGCAAACAUCUAAGCAUUUCGCGGGCUCUAAAUCAAUAACAGUGUUGUCUAGUUUUCU